AUGACGAAUGGUGGGAUAAUCGUAUUAAGGAAAUACCAGAUGCUUCAAAGCUCCGAGCUCAUGCCUCUUACUAACCUCGAUAGAUUGGAUCGACUUUUUGGCACCAAACGCAUCUCCACGGAUGAUGGAUACUAUAUCCAGGUGCUGGAGUAG